AAAUAGAUAUGGAAGGAGCAAGAAGAUAUUUCGUAGGAGGAAACUGGAAGUGUAACGGAGCACUUGAGUUCAAUAAGUUCUUGAUCGAGGACGUAAUCAAUAAGCUUGAGUUUGACCCAGCUAAAGUUGAUGUAAUUGUUGCUCCAACAACACUUCAUAUCGCUAUGGCCAAGGUCAUGGUUGCCGAUAAUGUCAAGGUAGCAUCUCAAAAUGUCUCCCUCUAUGGAACUGGAGCUUACACCGGUGAGAUUGCUGCUGAGCAAUUGACUGAUUUUGGAAUUGAGUGGGUCAUCAUUGGACAUUCAGAAAGAAGAGCACUCUAUGGAGAAGCUAAUGAAACUGUAGGAACUAAGGUCUCUAAUGCUCUUGAAGCUGGACUCAACGUAAUCCUUUGUAUUGGAGAAACACUUGAGCAGAGAGAAUCCAACUCCACCAAUGAUGUCUUGAAGGAGCAGCUUGAUGCAUGCAAAGAAUCAGUUAAAGAUUGGAGCAAGGUGGUUAUCGCUUAUGAACCAGUCUGGGCUAUUGGUACUGGUAAAGUUGCUACUCCAGAGCAAGCCCAAGAGACUCAUGCUUAUAUCAGACAAUGGAUGGCUGAGAAUGUCUCUGAAGAAGUAGGUGCUGCAACCAGAAUUAUCUAUGGAGGAUCUGUAAACGACAAGAACUGUGGUGACUUGAUCAACCAAUCUGAGAUAGAUGGAUUCUUGGUGGGAGGAGCUUCUCUCAAGCUAGCUUUUCAGAAGAUUGUUUCAACUGCUAGCGAACACCAAGGAACUCAAGAAAGUGCUUAGGUUAAAACUUCAUCAUUUUAUUCCACACCAAUAGUAUUUGCC